AUAGCUGUCACAACAUAACCUUAAAAUGUCAGUAAUAACUCUAUCAAAUUAAUUUUUAAUUUAAGUGAUUUUUAAUACACGCAACAAUGGGGUUUCUUACCGUUUUGAGAAAGAUGAAGCAAAAAGAGAAGGAGAUGAGAAUUUUAAUUCUCGGUUUAGACAACGCUGGUAAAACGACGAUUUUGAAACGUUUUAAUGGGGAGGAUAUUAAUACGAUUUCCCCAACGUUAGGAUUUAACAUAAAAACUCUUGAACAUAAAGGCUUUAAGUUGAACAUGUGGGAUGUUGGUGGCCAAAAAUCAUUAAGAUCUUACUGGAGAAAUUAUUUUGAGUGCACAGAUGGUUUGAUUUGGGUCGUUGAUAGUGCUGAUAAACGAAGGCUUGAAGAUUGUCGGAAAGAAUUACACAAUCUUUUACAAGAAGAACGUUUGGCUGGUGCUACUCUUUUAGUUUUUGCAAACAAACAAGAUUUACCUGGAGCUUGCACUUCAGAAGAACUUAAAGAUGUGUUGGAUUUGGAUACAAUUAAAACUCAUCACUGGCAAAUUAUAUUAUGUAGUGCUGUUACAGGAGAUUGUUUGUUGCAAGGGAUUGAUUGGCUUAUUUCUGAUAUCGCUAUGAGAAUAUUCACUUUGGAUUAACUAAUUUUUGUAUUUUUUGUAUUACUACUUAAAUAAAGCUUUAUUUAUUAACCCAU